UUUAUAUAUUAUUUUGAUUUAGAAUUUUCUGAUUAGAUUUUAGAGUUCAGUAUUUAGGGAGGGUUCUGAAAUAAAGGUUUAUAAGUUAGUAAUUUAGUUUUUUUUUUGUAAAAUGAAUGCUAUUUCAAGAAUUUUUUAGUAUUAUUUUAUAAUCUUUUUUAAAAAUAUCAUAUUUCAGAAAUUUUGAUCUCUAUGUGAUACAUUGAAGAAUUUGCUUUAACCAAAAGAAAUAGUUAAUGGCAAAAUCUGGAAUUUUUUUCUAAACCACCACAAGAAUCUAAAUGUAAUUUAAUUACCUAAAAAAUGCAUGAAGUGGCAGGCGAUGUAGACAAGUGGCGUACGUAAUGAAAACAAAAAGGGAUUAAUAAGAAAAAAGAACAAAAAAAAAACAAACAAACACAUAACUGAAAAAGCUAACUGAUAAAAAAGAUCGUUUCUUCUUUGCUUCUCUCUCUCUCCAUCUCUACAGCAAACAGAAACUUCCCCAAUUCUCGAGUUUCUAAGGCUUUUUCUUCUAGGUUCUCUUUAUUCGAGACUCAAUUCUCCGGCAGAGAUGGCGGAUUCGACGACGACGGCGGCAGACGCCGUUACUCUGAAGCGGGAGUUUAAUAAGAUACUGACUGAGAUUUUAUCUUACGGGGGAGGAAGCAAAGAUCACGGUGAGACUGGAGUCUUGAUGAAAGCAAUUGACGAAGCCAAUAGAAUCAUCAACUCUCUGAGAGAAGUUGAACCGGAGACUGAUAUCCUUUCUCCGUCGCCGGUAAAGAUGGAUGUGCCGAAAGAGUUUAAAUGUACACUCUCCAAGAAGAUCAUGAUCGAACCCGUCAUCAUAGCUUCUGGGCAGACUUAUGAGAAGAGAUUUAUCCAAGAGUGGCUGAAGCGUGAACGAACAUGUCCCAUAAGCAACCAAGUCCUCUCUCAUUUAUCCUUCACACCGAACCUUUUGGUAGAUGAGUUGAUUAAGCAAUGGUGUCUUGUUAACAAAUUUAAGCGGCCAAAAUCAUCGGAAGAGAUAGUUAAUGAGCUGUUUACUGAUGGAAUAGACUCACUGCUUCAGCGGAUUUCCUCUCCCUCCUCUGUUGCAGAUCAGGCACAAGCUGCAGAAGAGCUUCGCAGACAGACCAAGAGAUUUGCAAAUGUCCGAGCCUUCCUUGUCUCUGAACUCCCUGGUUCCAUCACACGGUUGCUCACUCCUCUCUCAGCUGUUGACUCGAAUCUUGACCUUCAGGAGAAUCUCGUCACGACAUUGUUCAACCUCUCGAUCGUUGAGAAGAAUAAAACAGUAAUUGCUGAAACUCCUCUUGUGAUCCCACUGCUUACACACUCUCUGAAACAGGGGACAGCUGAGACUCGAAGAAACUCAGCAGCGACUUUGCUGUCACUUUCAGCCAUUGAUUCUAAUAGGCUCAUCAUCGGUAACUCGGAAACGCUCAAGGCUCUUAUAGGUUUAAUCGAAGAAGGUGGUUUAUUCAUCACCGAGGCCGCCUCCGCGGUUUUCAACAUCUGUACUGUAUCGGAGAACAGAGAAAAAGCUAUUUCAUCCGGUUUAAUUCCCGUUCUGACGAAUAAGAUCAAAGAAGGAAGCAGUGUAGCUGAGUUGUUAUCUCUCUUGGCAUUGGUUUCUACACACAACCGUGGGGUCAAAGAAAUGAAUGAUCUAGGGCUUAUCAAUGAUCUGUUGAGUAUCUUGAGGAAACCGAGUUGUCCAGUGACCCACGAGAACGCUGUAGUGAUCGUCUUUAACAUGUGCGACCGAAACAGAGACAGGAGUGGAAGGCUGUCAGUGCUGAGCGAAGAGGAAAAUCAACACGGGACGUUUACGAAGCUUGCGAAGCAAGGAUCAGAUCGUGCAGUGAGGAAAGCAGAAGCGAUUUUGAAGUGGCUUAAGAGACACGGUACCGGUAAAGCGCCGCAGAGGGGAUGAAGGAAGCACCAAAAAUGUUGAUACAGAAACUAUAGUUUUGCAAACUUACUAUUGGUACAUACAUACAAAAAUUGAUCGAAGCUAGAAAAAGAGUUGUAUAUAAUAUAGUUUUCUCCGGGAAGGAAAAUGUGCGUGGGAAAAAAAAGUUGUAUAUAAUAUAGUUUCCGGUUAGCGGCACGGUCGUAAACUCAAGCCUUGAGAGUGUUGGGAAGAUUACAAAAGCAGAGGUUGUAGUAACGCUCUGUUUGUUCCAGUUACAUCAAAACAGAUGGCAGUGGCAUUACCGUAAUAAAAGACAGAUGGACGGGUAAUUUAGGGAUGUUAUAAUAAGGGGCGGCUAAUAUGGCCGGUCAUAGUCUCCUAUAUUUAGCUGACUGCAUUAAUCGAGUGGACUCCAAUUUAACCGAAAGCAACAAGAGGAUAACAUGUAAAAAGCAUUAAGAUAAUUUGAUUACUUUUUCUUUGUUUCAAAGGAUAACUGAUUACUUGUUAAAAAGUGAUUAUGGUGGGGUUAACUAGUUAAUGUAUUUAUUGUGGGUGUCGGUGGUAAAUAAAUAACUUAAUGUGGGGCUAAAAUUGGAAAAAGAUCAAAUUAGAGAAGACUCCUAUACAAAAAGUAAUGAUGUAACAUGGAGAACCGAAAACAAUGCGUAGACUUUUUAGCAAAACCACGCUCUAGAAUGACUAUGAGUCUUAUCCACCGUAUAUUAUUCCGUGUGUAAUCAGAAAUCCAGAAAACGAUGUACGAUGGGAGGCCAACUAUGAUUUGUUAGUCUAAAUCUAAAUGCGCCAACAUUACGACUUUUUCUGAUAAAUGAGGUAUAAGAAAAUGGUCCGUUGACAAAAAACAAAAAAGAGGUAUAAAAAUGGUCAAUUAUUUUUUUAGGACAUUUUUUCCUUUUUUUUGUCCUAAUAUACAUUGCAUGAUCAUAGCAUGAAUAUCUAUACAGUUUAAAUUCAUUUUUAGUACGAAUAAGCAGGCUCUGUUGGAUAUACAAAUUAAGUAACAGCAGGAUAUGCUCAUAUAUAAAUGGGUCACGGGAGAAUCAAAAUUCAAAAGUGGCAUGAGUGAUAUUUGACUCCACGGACAACGUUUAUAAUGGCGUUGGUUAGGCCAUCCACCAAUGACUUUUGUUUACUUUCAUUAUAAUGGGUUGAUGUGUCAUGUUACUAGUCUGUUUUUGGACGUUUUUUACCUAACUUAAGCCCAAGAAUUUACACCUAGUUAUGUAUUUUAUUUUUAAGUCAAAUUCUAUCAUCGUAUUCACACUGAAUAUGGGAUCCAUUUUUAGUGGAUGCAGCAUUGAAAACAUGAAUUUCUAAAUUCUCGGCACUAUUUCCAUGUUGUAAUACUCAAAACCGAAUUAGCUUGAGACCAUAUACUAGUAUUUACAUAUUACCAAUAUCACUUAAGAUUAUCUCAGCUUUCUUCCUUCUGUUAAUAUUAUAUAUUCACUUCAUUGUUUGGUCAUUGUUCCUGCAUUUCUCCCUUUUUUUGUCAGUGACCAAAUCUUGUUUCAAAUAUAAACGAGACUUAACCAAACAAUAGAAGUAAACUCAAAGAGAACGCUAUUCAACAUGCAAAAUAUAACUUUUCAGUAAAUCUCUUAAAAG